AAAUUAUCAUUCCAUAAUUCACUCCACUCAGUAUAACGGUUGCUAGUCAUCAGUAAACUUUCAAAUAUUUUUGAAAAUGAAGUCAAUAAUAUUUGUGGCAAUACUUCACUGUAUUUAUUUAGCCACUGCUGAAAAUGAACCUUUUCAACUACCUGACUCGAUCAAAGAUUUGGAAAUACCAGACAUGGACGAGUUUGCUGUAAUUAAAGAAAAAUGUGAUAGAGAAGGAGGAAACGGAACCUAUCUCAAAUUCAAGUCAACUGCAAACUCCCUUUCGUCAUGUAUGUCAGAAUUUGUUUCCUUAAGUUCUUUGGAAGCAGAGGUUACAGAAUCAAAAAAAACCGGUUCCAUGGACGAAGUUUUCGGAAAAUAUUGCAAAAAACGUUCACAAUUAGUAACGUGUGCUCAAGGUUUCAUCGAUAAUCUUCGUCUCUGUCUAAAUACGGAAGAGAAAAAAGCUCUUAAUAUAACACUGAAUAUUUUAAAGGAAUUGGGUGAAUUUGCCUGUUUCAAAGACGGUGACAGGAUUGCCAUGUUUGUUGCCGAGGGUGGGGUCGAAUGUAUCAAAAGUCGAACCGAAGGAAUUCAAAAUUGUGUCAACUCGACAUUUAAAAUCAGCCCACAAAGUGUUAACCCCAACGCAAUUCCGAAUAUAUUGAUCGAUAAGAAGAAAUGCGACGAUUUAGGCAAACUUCAGCGUUGUGUUGUCGAAGAGUUGGAAAAGUGUAAAGAUAGCACCCCGGCUAAUAUCGUUGAUGCACUUUUUAAGUUUGUCAAACGUUCAGCAUGUUCUAAUAAAAGUAAAAGAAGUGCAAAUUUUCACCGCAUUUUCAAAAGAAAUGUAGCUACGGUCAACCAUUAUUUCAAUUCGUCAGAAAUAAAUAGCAUAUUUGAGUCUACAUUUAGGGAAAAAUGUAAAGAUGCUCCUGAAAACGGCUUUAAAUCUGCUCAAGAAAGCUUUAAAAUUGCUAAGAAAUGUAUCCAUGAUAAGACUAACGAGUAUCCUAUUUUUACCACACCUGUAGAGAGAUUUCAAGAAGAAUUCAAAAAGUGCACUGACGAUUUUGUAGAAAAAGCGAAAGUUUGUCUACCAGAGAAAGAAAAAUAUUUCCCUGAAUUUUAUCAGAAAAUCUUCAUAAAUUUUAUAGAGUUUUUGUACAACAACGAAAACACAAUUCUGAGAGUGUCAUCCAGAUCUGAACUUGUUAACUGCUUCCAAAAUUUUAAGCAACAUAAAGCGAGAUCUGAAAUGAGCAAAUGUUUUCACGCAUUUGAAUCAGCCAGUUUAGAAAAAGAUGCAGUUUGCACAAAAAUAACAAAAACUAAAAGUUGUGUUACUGGACAAUUACAGAAGAGAUGCAUACGCGAUGUUACUGUUAAUCACUUAGUCGACGACUUUUUCGAGGUGUUGCUAAGUCCUUGUGAUAAAAGUGGUUAAAAAGAGAUUAUUUCCACCACUGCAUAAUGGAACUUCAAUACAUUAUAUUAGAUAUAUUCUUGACUAACUUAAAUAGACAAACUUUAGUUUUU